AUGGAGGAACUUGAGUGGGAAGGUGGGAUGACAAAAGGACGAAACAGCGACCUCCAGGCUGGUCUUCAGAGCUUGCAAAGUCAAUUUGGUGAGAUGAGAGACUUUCUAGAGGUGCAGUUUUCCCUGCAUAGGGAACUCUUGGACCGAAUCGUCAGCCGCGCAGCACCAGAACAUUCCACGGCUGUUUCCCCAAUGUUCCUUGGAAUCGGCAAUGUUCCGAGCAAUGGCCAUGAUCGUGCCAGCCUCGGAAGUGUUGGAGGCCUUCACCCUAUCCAAGAAGACCGUGACCCAGAUGGCUUUGGCCAAACAGGGCCUGCUCAGAAAGCAACCAAAGGUGCACAAAUGUCCUGGUCCAAGUUUGACCAGGUUCCGCCAUCUGAAAAUGAAUAUGCUUCACAGGCACAGCUAAGGGCUCAAAACCUCCAAGCGAAGCAGCUGAGACGCACCACACAAGCAGCCCAUGCCCAAUUCCGAAAGAGGAACUGGCGCUCAUGUGUCAAGGAGAUCAUAUUUUCACCAUGGUUUUCUCUUGCUAUCACAUUUUUGAUUUUGUUGAAUGUGGUCCUACUUGGAGUAGAAGUGGAUGUCUCUGCAACACUUGAUCUUGAUGAAGUUCCAUCGUGGUUUGGCACAGUUAACGCGUUGAUCGUGUUUAUCUUUGUGGUGGAGAUGAUCCUGAGAAUAUUUGUUCUUGGAUGUCGUGAGUUCUGGUGCGGCGUGGAGAGUGGCUGGAAUAUAUUUGAUUCUUUGAUCGUGUCUCUGUCCGUCGUGGACUUGGUGGUGGACGCCUUAGCAUCCUUGAUGUCUGCUUCCCUCGAUACAGGCCAUUUGCGGUUCAUGCGAUCUAUCCGCAUUGCGCGGGCCAUUCGCGGCAUUCGAGUGGUGCGACUUUUUCGCUACGUCACAGCGCUCAGAACGUUGGCUUUGUCUAUCAUCAGCACUAUGAGCUCCCUGUUCUGGACUCUGGCCUUGUUAGUUUUAGUUUUCUAUUUGUUUGCUGUUGUCAUCACCCAGCUGGUAUUGGACCACUGCCGGCAUGCAGCAUGCCCAGAGCUGCUUCACAAGUUCUGGGGCUCUGUGCCAGAGAGUAUGUUGACGCUGUUCAUGGCCAUCACCAAUGGUCUGAGUUGGGACGAUGCUCUUCGGCCACUCCGGAACGUCUCCUAUAUUGCGGUGGCCUUGGUCGUGUGCUAUGUGACCCUGGCUGUCUUUGCUAUCCUAAAUGUGGUGACUGGCGUGUUUUGCAAUACGGCGAUCGAAUCUGCGCAUGCCGACAAAGAGGUGGCAACGAUCAAGCAGGUUCGAUCCAAAGAUCAGCAGGUGGAGGCGUUGCGGCAAGUCUUUUCUGAGAUUGACAAUGCGAACAGAAAUUUGGUGACCUUCGAGGAGAUGGCUGACGCGAUUUCCAGUGGUGAACUUGCCAGCUUCAUGGAAGCGAUGGGCAUCUCCACAGAUGACAUCAGGACGCUGUACACACUACUCGAUGCCGACAAGGAUGGCUUGAUUGACCUCGACGAAUUUGUUUCUGGGUGUAUGCAACUCCAUGGACCGGCAAAAAGCCUGCAAUUGGCAAAGAUGAGCUUUGAGAACAAGUUGGCGCGGGAUGACCUCAAAACCUUGACCAAGGACUUUGCAGACUUCAAGAGUUUGCUGCAAGUCAAGCAGAUGGUCCGAUCGCAAAACCAGAAGGAAAUGAAAGCCGGCCAGGGUGAAAGCCGACAAGCCUUCGAGCAUUUGGAAGAGACAUUGUCAACCUGUUGGGAGGCUGCAGUGUAUCCCCUGGUGAUAGGUGCCUCGGGCGAAAAAUCGCUACACCUGGGCCUACAGGAUUCGACCUUCUGUCCCUCGGUUGUUCAGCACUCACCUUAUGCUGGCUCUGGAUACGAACCAUGGGCCCAUAGCACAUGGCUGAGCCCCCCAUUUCAGCAUCCAUGCCCGCCUGUGCAGCUUCGAUUCCGGCCCUCGCCAGUGCCUUCACAAGGCACCGACUUUGUGGAUGGUGCGGUUACGAUUGCAGCCAACGGCUCUCCCGCAGCUCAGGAUGGUUGCAGUGCCAAUACCUAUGCAAUGACCUCUUCCAUGUCCAGCAAGCAGCGCUUCCUGCGAGUGGCUGAUGGCGAUAUCUUGAUUUUGCCGCAGGACGGCAGCCUGCAAGUACGUACUGAAUUUGGGGAGUUGCAGGUGGACCCAUGGGAGCUGAUUGUGGUGCCACGUGGAGUCACAUUUCAGGUGAAUCUUGCAGAGGGCAGUAAAAUGGCCAGAGGGUACUUUCUGGAGAACUUUGGCGAUCACUUUGUCAUACCAGAGCUUGGACCGAUUGGUAUCUCAGGGGGUUUGGCCCAUCCUCGACACUUCCUGGCGCCACAGGCUUCCUAUGAGGAGGUGGAUGGAGAUUUUGAAUUGGUCUCAAAGUUCAUGGGCACCUUGUUCCGUUCCAAGAUCAGGCACUCGCCGUUGGAUGUGGUGGCCUGGUAUGGCAGCCAUGUGCCAUGCAAGUACGACAUGAGGCUCUUCAUGGCCAUAAACACAGUCACCUAUGAUCAUCCAGAUCCUUCGAUUGGAGCAGUGAUGUCAUCGUACACCUCUACUCCGGGCCUUGCAAAUGUGGACUUUGUGAUCUUUCCACCAAGAUGGCUCCCAGCGGAGGGCACCUUUCGUCCACCUUGGUUUCAUCGAAACUGCAUGAGCGAGUUCAUGGGACUUCUCACAGGAACCUAUGACGCAAAGCCUGACAGCUUUGUUCCAGGUGCAAGUUCUAUUCACAACAGGUAUGUGCCCCACGGCCCUGAUGCUGCGGCGGUGCAAAAAGGCACAGACUUGGAUUCUUCGAAACCAGAACGGUACAGUGGCACCUUGGCCUUUAUGUGGGAGACGCGGCUGGUGUGGCAUCCUUCAGAGUAUGCCUUGGCCACGUUGAAUGAUGAGGGCUACCCCGCUGCAUGGUCUGGCGUGCAAAAGCGCUUCGAUGCUAGCAAGACUCCUCAGGAUGAACCGUAUGGGUUUCAGCCCACCAGAUGA